CAUACGAUUCGCAUUUUCUAGCGCGUGCAAGCAAAUUAAAAAUUAUUAAAAGGAAAAAAUCCAAAGUGCAAGUUUGAUUCCGUACCGCGUUGCGUCGCACAUUAACAAAUUUAUGCGAAAAAAUGCUGCUACACACAUUCUUACUCGCCGUGAUUUGGGGUUUUGCGGGCAACUAUAUUCCCCUGCGUCGCAUUUACGUGCAAACAUUGUUGAAAAUGUUCGAAUUCGGGUCGUCCGUCGUGCUGGAAAAGACAAAUCGCAAUAAAAACUGCGUCGUGGAUCGCAGCGAGCCACAAGAAGAAGACAAUGACGACGAGCACUCGCGUAGCGACAAAAAAAAAUUGUCGAACGAUGUGCAACUACAACAACAACAAUCACAAAAUGACGACAUAAUUGUGUCGAACGACAAAAGUAGUACCAAGGACGCUUUCGAUAGCAAUGACUUCAAUGAUGAAAACAUUGACCUAUCGAAUUGCCUGGAGAAUGCAGGCAAAAUGAACGGCACCGUGAAGAAUCACAACUACACGAACACCGUGAUAACACGUGAGGCGAAAUUAAAUGCACCAGAUUUGCCUCCGUCGUCAGAUGUGACGACGCAGCACGUGAAUGGCACCGAUCAACAGGAGGCCGACAAAAAGUCCAGCGACGGCGAGGAAGCGUGCGACGUAGAUUUUCAGCUCAGCAGCUGCUUCGACUACAUCAAAUCAGGCGUCGAGAGUAUCAUCGAGGACGAGGUAACGUCGCGUUUCGAAGCGGAGGAACUUAAAAAUUGGAAUUUGCUGACACGCACAAAUCGCCGCUACGAAUUCAUCUCGUGGAAACUCACGGUGAUGUGGGUUUAUGGCUUCUUCAUACGCUACAUAAUUUUGUUGCCACUACGUGUCACCAUCUGUUUUGUCGGUGUGUGGUAUUUGACGUUUUGCACGGCAGUCGUUGGAUGCUUGCCGGAAGGCGAAACGAAGCGAAAAAUGGUGCGAAAAGUGCUGGAACAUUGCUUCAAUUUUCUCUCGAGCGCCCUUUCCACCGUCAUCAACUACCACAAUCUCGAGAAUCGACCGACGCACGGCAUUUGUGUGGCCAAUCACACGAGUCCCAUCGACGUACUGAUGCUCAUGUGUGACAAUUGCUAUUCGCUAAUUGGCCAGAGUCACGGAGGCUUCUUGGGUAUCUUGCAGCGAGCACUUGCCCGCGCGUCGCCGCACAUUUGGUUCGAACGGGCCGAAGCAAAGGACAGAUUAGCAGUUGCUCGACGUCUACGGGAACACGUAUCAGAAAGCACAAAUCCACCCAUUCUAAUUUUCCCAGAGGGUACCUGCAUUAACAAUACCUCCGUGAUGCAGUUCAAGAAAGGUUGUUUCGAAGUGGACAGCGUCAUUUUUCCCGUUGCCAUCAAGUACGAUCCCAAAUUUGGGGAUGCAUUCUGGAACAGUUCGCGCUACAGCAUGAUGCAGUAUUUGUACAUGAUGAUGACCUCAUGGGCCAUCGUGUGUGACGUUUGGUAUUUGCCACCGAUGUACAAGCAAGAGAACGAGACAGCCAUCGACUUUGCGAACCGCGUCAAGGGAGUCAUCGCCAAGCAAGGCGGCCUUGUGGAUCUCAUGUGGGACGGCCAGCUGAAACGCAUGAAGCCAAAGAAAGAAUGGAUUGAAAAGCAACAGGAAGAGUUCUCAAAACGACUGAAAGGCGAAUGAAAAGAUUCAAGAUUGACAAAAAUUAAGUCACAAAAUUGGAAGAAAAAAAUUAUCCUUUAUUUUUCUAUAAAAUAUUGUAAAAAGACAACGCAUACUGGAUAUGUAAAAUUCUUUGUACUAGUUAAUUAAAUAGUAAUUUAAAAAAAUUCGUAACGAGAAGACAGAAAAAGUGCUUGAAAUGUAAUUAAGAUGGAAAACGAAAAAAAAACAGGAAAUGAGACUUUUUACUCUAAUUUAAUGUUUAAAAUUAUCGCAAAUAUCUGAUAUUUUUGAAAAUAUUCAAGGGCACAUAGAUUACAUUUUAUACAGCACAGAUAAAUAGAUUAAAAAUUGUUGAUUUGGUAUACAUAAGAACAGGGUUUUAAAUUUUUAUUGAAUUUAAAAUUUUCGUUAUUUCAAAAGUCACUUUACUCUUUAGAUUUUAAUUUUGUAUGUUGAAUAUAUUCUAUAUAAUUUUCUUAAUGAUUUUUCUAACUCUUCUAAAUACUAAAUACUAAAUAGGAACUCUUCUAAAUACUAAAUAUUGAGAGUUCGGAUUCUAUUGCUAACUAAAAAAAAAUAAUUUAAUUGAUCAAAAAAAUUAGAUUGCAUUUAAAGCAUGAACACAUUAAAAAAUGAUUUUGUUUUAAUUAUAACUUUAAAUCUUCAAAAGAAUAUUUUGAGAUUUCAGAUAUCUUUAAAUACACAAAACGAAAAAGUUCACAAAAAAGCACUUAGCACGUGAAAGAAGCAUUAAACCUCCUUAUCUAUUUGAGUUCUUCAAAAAAUAUUUGAGAACUCGGACAUAAUAAAAAAGCACUUCUGAAUACACAUAAGCUAAUUUUCAAUUGCUAAAAUCCUUUUUGAUUUUUUACAAUCUAAAACGAAAUAAAAUAAUUAAAUUAAAUUUUAAAAAUGAAAAAAAAUAUAUUUACCUUUAUAUUAUUAUAUUUACUGUCGUUAAGUAUUUUAUUUUUCGCGUGAAAGCUUGGAAGUUUGGAAUUAUUUAUCAUUAAAUAAAUUAUAACACAAUGGCAUUAUUUGAAUUAUAACUUGAACUCUUCAAAAUAUGAUUUUGAGAUUUCGGAUAAAUUUAUCUGUCAUAAUGAAAAAACUAAAAAAAGAAGCUCAUAGCACGUGGAAGUUGCUAUAAUUUCAAUAAUAAUAAAAACCAUAUGGUUUUGCGAUUCAAUAUACAAAUUUAACUUAAAAGUGCUGUUUUUAUUUUUGGUAUUGUAAAUUGGUCCUAAAAGUUCACAAAAAAGCACGUGUUAGAUUCAUUAAAACUCCUUAUCUAUUUGGAUUCUUCAAAAAAUAUUUGAGAACUCGGACAGAAUAAUAUAAAAAAUAUAUAAGUCAACUAUACAUCGUCUAAAGCAUGAACAAGCGUGGAAUUAUUUAUCAUUAAAUAAAUUAAAACACAAUGGUUUUAUUUUAAGUAUAACUUGAACUCUUCAAAAUAUGAUUUUGAGAUUUCGGAUAAAUUUAACUGUCAUAAUGAAAAAACUAAAAAAGAAGCUCAUAGCACGUGGAAGUUGCUAUAAUUUUAUAAUAAUGAAAACCAUAUGGUUUUGCGAUUCAAUAUACAACAAAUUUAACUUAAAAGUGCUGUUUUUAUUUUUGGUAUUGUAAAUUGGUCCUAAAAGUUCACAAAGAAGCACGUGUUAGAUUCAUUAAAACUCCUUAUCUAUUUGGAUUCUUCAAAAAAUAUUUGAGAACUUGGACAGAAUAAUAUAAAAAAUAUAUAAGUCAACUAUACAUCGUCUAAAGCAUGAACAAGCGUGGAAUUAUUUAUCAUUAAAUAAAUUAAAACACAAUGGUUUUAUUUUAAGUAUAACUUGAACUCUUCAAAAUAUGAUUUUGAGAUUUCGGAUAUAUUUAACUGUCAAUAUGAAAAAACUAAAAAAAAAGCUCAUAGCACGUGGAAGUUGCUAUAAUUUCAAUAAUUAUAAAAACCAUAUGGUUUUGCGAUUCAAUAUACAAAUUUAACUUAAAAGUGCUGUUUUUAUUUUUGGUAUUGUAAAAGUUCACAAAAAAGCACGUGGAAGAAGCAUUAAACCACCUUAUCUAUUUAGAUUCUUCAAAAAAAUAUUUGAGAACUCGGACUGAAUAAUUAAAAAAAAUAUAUAAGUCAACUAUACAUCAUCUAAAGCAUGAACAAGCGUGGAAUUAUUAUAUUAUUAUUAUAUUAUUAUAUUAUUAUUAUUAUUAUAUUAUAUUAUAACUUGAACUCUUCAAAAUGUGAUUAUGAGAUUUCGGAUAAAUUUAACUGUCAAUAUGAAAAAAAAUAAAAAUGAAGCGCAUAGCACGUGGAAGUUGCAUCAAUUUUUAUACGUAUAUGAACUCUUCAAAACACUCUUUAAGAGCUCGGACAUACUAAUAAAAAAAUAUUCAACUCAACUAAAUAUCAUUUAAAGCAUGAACAAAUUGUUAAAUUUUAACUAUGUGACAUCUUCAACUUUAAAAAAAAAAUUAUUUGAAAAAAUGAGAGUUCGGAUACUUAAUAUUGAAAAAAAAAACUGUCGGUAUCCUAAUAUUAUUUCCACUCAUAUAGUUUCACUUUCAAAGCAAUGAUUAUCUUUAUUUUUUUUUUUUUUGAUCAAUUAACAUUAUCUAAGCAUGAACAAACGUGGAAUUAUUUAUCAUUAGAUACAAUAAAAAAUGUUUUUUUUUUUAAUUCAAAUAUCUAUUCGCUGAGCAUUUCUGGUUGCUGUUAUAUUAAUUUUUGACAAAAAAUUCAUGUUAUGAUAAAAACACGUUGUUAGUCCUUGAAUGCCAGGGAUUGAAUGUAUUAAAGGUCUUCAAUAUGAGAUUUGGCAUUUCUUUAAAUACACAUUUAAGUUACAUUAUCGAUCAAUAUGAAUUCUUCAAAACGUUAUUUGAGAACUCGGAUACUAAAACUUUUAACAUAAAAAACAAUUGAGAAACAUCUAAAGCAUGAACUUGUUAGAAAAAUUUAAAUAAGCUGAAUUGUAAAUAAUUCAUUAAAAUUUUCACUAGAGCUCUUCAAAAUAUUAUUUUGAGAUUUCGGAUAAAUUUAAAUGCUUAAAAUUAAGUUGAUAAAGAAUCACUUAGCACGUGGAAGUUGCGAAAAAUAUUGUGAUCAAGAAUAAUAAAAAAUAUAAAUUAAAUUUAAUUAAUUUAUUUUUCACUUAUCUUCUGGAUAUUUGAGCUGCCUUUAUGCUUCUGCUGUCAUCUGUUGGUUGUCCUUCAUGUUGGCCGUCCUUCAGGUUGAUUACCGUUUUUCCAGUUUCCACGAAUUAUUUGUUUCUUUCAUCUUGUUUUUUGUUGUCUUCACGAAUCAUUGAUUUUAUUUAUUUAUUUUUUUUUAGCUUCUUUUAAGCUAAAAGGCAUUUGGCAUUCUAAAAUGAAUAAUGCUUGUAUUGCACUUUGGGUGUUAUUGUCCAUAAUGAGGACAACACCAAAAAUGCAUACAAACAAUUUUUAUGAAUUUAUUUCGAAAUCAAUUCAUUAGGCAGGGAUAUAACAACAUCAGUAAAGAAGCACGUGAAAUAUGCAUUAAAUUACCUUAUCUAUAUAAAUUCUUAAAUUAAAUUUGCAAAUUUAAAUAAAUAACAAACCUAUUAACUUUAUAUGAACUCUUCAACAAUAAAAAAAGUGAAAGCUCGGAUACUUCAAAAUCAAAAAAUAAAAAUUCAAUUAGACAACAUAAUAAAGCAUGAACACACAAAAAUUAACGAAUAUUUCAUUAAAAAAAUCACAAUGGUUCUAUUUGAAUUAUAACUUGAAUUCUUCAAAAUAUUUUUUGAGAUUGCGGAUCAAAUCAAAUGCGUUUAAUGAAGAAACUUAAGAAGAAGCUCAUAGCACGUGAAAGUUUCUUUUGAAACCUAUUGAUAUUUAAUCAACAUUUUCUCUUUCAAGAUCAUUUGAGAGUUCGGAUUUCUAAAAACAAUGUAAAAAAGUAAUUUCUUCUCGCCUUUAACACACUGAACCACAGUAUACACACAUUUACAUGGAUACAUUUUAAUUUUAGUAUAAAUUUUGACUUACAGUUUUGCUGAUUUUGCGGUUUUUCCUCGCGUUGUUUCAUUGUCUAUAACGUGGCACUCCUUUUAAACUGCUGACGGUGCACUGUUUUCACAAUUUCGAUAUUGACCAAAAUUAUUUUCUUGAUUUUUUGGUUUUCGCUGCGACGAUUUGAUUUCGCUGAGCUUUUAACAAUUUCAUCAAGUAAUAAAUAACGAAUAAUGCAAUUAUUACUACAAUUAACAUUUCACUCGAGUCGUUUAAAACUUUUACAAUUGCAUUUUGUUCCGUUUUCUCAUUUGAAAUUUCGGAUGAUGAAAACGGCCACAUUGUAAAAGUUUUUUUUUCAGAUUUUUCUUUAAAAGAGUUUUCACGCACUUCAAUUGUUUUCAAAGGGAACGUUCAGCCCCCAUGUAAAAAAGGUUGGAAGUCGGGUGGAUAAAGUUCAAUAAUUUUUAAUAAACCAAUUCUUGUUUGUAGUUUUUAACCCUUUAUUUAAUUUACUGUCCGCGGUACAAUGUUAGAAUGAAUGUAUUUAAUAUUAUAAUGACCUGUGACUCACAGGCUGUGAGGAGAGUUGCCUCUCUCAUAUGUCUCUUUCAUAAUUAUUAGAGUGUCACAUACAUAUCACAACAUUAAGGUAUAUUUUUUAAAAAAUAAGCCUAUAUUACUACUGUUAAUCAAUUUUUUUUUUUUUGUUAAAAUUAGAGCUUUUUUCUUCUGUCUUUGCUAAUUUAUUAUUCGAGAACCAUUCCAAGAAUACCAUCGCAAUGCCACGUUCAAUGGUAACACGACACCAUUUACUUCAAACGAAAGUUGUUUAUAUCAAAAUGCCAAUGUCACAACUGAUGACUCGGGGCAAUUUUUCACAAGUGUUAACGGUCAACGGAACAAAAUAUACGGCGGAAAUGCUGACUCGGAUUUCUUUGCUUCUACGUGAAAUUCUUCUCCACGUUUUUAUUCUUGGCCACGCGGAUUUCGGUAAAACUCCAGAAUUCUUUCUUCUCUUUUCACGAAAACUUUCUUUUUGUGAUCUUCCUUUUUUUCUUUAAAUCUCUUCACUUCAAAGAUCACAAAUGAAAAAUAAAAAAAAAAUUUUUUUCUAAUAUGUUCCAAAAUGCGAUAUUUGUGGUAUUUCAUUAUUAAUUUCACCACGGCUGCACAGAAAAUUAUAACUAAAACCAAAAUUGUAAUUAUUGAUUGCACUUCAUUAAUUGUUAUUUUGAUUUCCGUAACAAAAUCAAAGAAACCCAUAUUUCCGACUGCGCCAAUUAUAUUACCUUAUCUAUACAAAUUCUUCAAAACCUUUUUUGAGAGCUUGGACACAAUAAUAUAAAAAUAUUAAACUCAACUAAAAUCAUCUUUAAGUUAAUAGAACUUUUUCAAAUAUUCUUUUCUUUUUGCUUACUAAGCAGCAAUUAAUUUUUUCUUUAAAUAUUUAUUUUUGCUUAUCAAGUUUUUAUGCCGAAGUCGCCAUGUAGACGUUUGGUAUCAAACUAAAACUUUAUUAAAGAAUGCAUUUCUUAUUCUACAUUACAAUAUAAUGGAGAGAAAGAGAGAAUAACUCACACACUCACUACUACAGCAUGAACAAAUAGUUAAAUUUGAAAAUUUAAAUAAUUAACAAAUCUUAUAACUUUAUGAACUCUUCAACAAUCAAAAAAAAGUGAGUGUUCGGAUACUUCAAAAUCAAAAAAUAAAAAUUCAAUUAGACAACAUAAUAAAGCAUGAACACACAAAAAUUAACGAAUAUUUCAUUAAAUAAUUCACCAUGGCUCUAUUUGAAUGAUAACUUGAACUCUUCAAAAUAAUAUUUUGAGAUUUCGGAUCAAUUUAACUGUCAAAAUGAAAAAACUUAAAAAGAAGCUCAUAGCACGUGGAAGUUGCAUCUUUUAGUUUACCAUAUGGUUUUGAGAUUCUAUGUAUAACAAAUUAAAUUUAAAAGUGCUGUUUUUAUUUAUUGUAAUUUAAAUUGGACCAUAUAUUUUGAGAUUUCAGUUCAAUUCAAUUGCUCUUUAAAAUGGAGAAACUUUAAAAGAAGCUCAUAGUACGUGAAAGUUUCUCUUGAAACCUAUUGAUAUUUAAUCAACAUGUUCUCUUUCAAAAUCAUUUGAGAGUUCGGAUUACUAAUAACAUUCAAGUAUAAAUUUUAUUGUAAAGUCUUCAAUAGUUACUUUGCGAAUCCCUCGCAUAUGUAAACCAUUCGAGGAAUCCCAUCUCAAUGCCACGUUUUAAUGGUAACACGACACCAUUCACUUCGGACGACAGUUGUUUAUUCCAAAAAUGCCAAUGUCGCCAAUUCUUAAGUGUUAACGGUCACCGGAAAUGCUGACUCGGUGACAAAUGCAAAAUGUAAAAAUAAUUAAAUUUUUUUUUCUUUAGACCUGGGUAGAAACACCAUGUAAAGUCUUCAAUAGUUACUUUGCGAAUGCCUCGCAUAUACUUUAUUAUUUUAUAUUCAUGCGGCUCAAAUGUGUGCAGCUCUCUCUCUCUCUCGCAGUGGAUAUAAGAGAGUAUCGCGGUGGGUCGCGAUAACUCUCCUACAACACAAAACGAAAACAUUGUUAUAUCCCAUCCAAAAGUAUCAAAUCAUAAUAAUUAAUUAAUGUCAUAUAUGUCAUAAUGUUUUAAAUGUUAUAAUAUUUUUAAUAUUUAAUUAAUUUAUUUUUCACUUAUCUUCUGGAUAUUUGAGCUCCCUUUAUGCUUCUGCUGUCAUCUGUUGUUUGUCCUUCAUGUUGGCCGUCCUUCAUGUUGGCCGUCCUUCAGGUUGAUUGCCGUUUUUCCAGUUUCCACGAAUUAUUUGUUUCUUUCAUCUUGUUUUUUGUUGUCUUCACGAAUCAUUCAUUUUAUUUUAUUUUUUUUUUUUAGCUUCUUUUGUUGUUUUUCUUUUUGUUUUUCUUUUAUUGUUAAUUUGUUUUAAUUUAUUAUUUUUAUUUUUAUUCACUCGAUUGUUUUUAAAUUCUGAGGUUGUUUAACUCGUUAUUGC